CGAGCUGAGCCGCGAUUGGCUGCCCGUUGCUAGGGGCGAGGCGGCGGGCGCCGCUGAUUGGCUGCCGGCCGCGCAGGCGCGAGGCAAGAUGGCGGCGCCGGCCCGGCGGAGCGUGGUGUUCGUGACGGGCAACGCCAAGAAGCUGGAGGAGGUCGUGCAGAUCCUCGGGGACUCCUCUCCGUACGCGCUGGUGGCCAGGAAAAUCGACCUGCCCGAGUACCAGGGGGAGCCGGACGAGAUCUCCGUGCAGAAGUGCCGCGAAGCCGCCCGCCAGGUUCGGGGACCUGUUAUAGUAGAGGAUACCUGCUUGUGCUUCAAUGCCCUGGGGGGGCUUCCAGGGCCAUACAUAAAAUGGUUCCUGGAGAAGCUCAAACCAGAAGGCCUGUACAAGCUGCUGGCUGGGUUUGAAGACAAAUCUGCCUACGCUCUUUGCACCUUUGCAUUCAGCACUGGAAACCCGGAGGAGCCCGUGAAGCUCUUCAAAGGCCAGACACAUGGGCUGAUCGUGGAGCCCAGAGGCCCUCGAGAUUUUGGCUGGGAUCCCUGCUUCCAGCCGGACGGCUAUGACCAGACCUACGCGGAGCUGCCCAAGGCCGUGAAGAACUCCAUCUCGCACCGCUACCGCGCGCUGAGCGAGCUCUCCGCCUUCUUCCUCCAGAGCAGCUCCGCGGAGCCCCCCACCGGCCCCAGCUAGCGGCUCCGCGCUGCCCUAGGGCCCUUCCCGCGGCACCCGGGCCCGCCCCUAUUAAAGCUGCUCCCUCCCAGC